UGUAGGGCACCUAAAGAGGCCACAGUGAGCGGUUUGGGAUGCGGCCUUGCUAACUGACAGCAUCGUGCUCGUGCACGUCCAGCACUAACAGGAAGGUCACUAUGUUUCCAAACGUGGAUUUUUAAAGCAGGACAAAAAAACAAACACCCAAACAAACAGGAUAACUAGGAGUCAAAUUAAAGUUAAGGUCAAAAGUCGAGGUUUAUUUUUAACUAGAGCGCAAGCUUGCUAGCUAGCAGGCUAUAGCUGUGAAGUGUGUAUGUAACUGCGUGUGUCGUGCCGCAGGUGUUAGCAUGAGCUCGAGCUCCGGACAGGGACAGGGAGCCGCCGCGGGGCUCGCGGUCACCGCAGAGUCUCCGGUUGGAGGCGUCUCUGUGACGGGGAACAUCCGGAGACUCUACAGCCACGUGCGGCUUGAAAACCUGGCCGCCGGGCUGAGUGGAGGUGUGGUGUCCACCAUGGUGCUGCACCCGCUGGACCUGGUUAAAGUCAGGUUCGCAGUGAGCGACGGCUUGGAGCUGAGGCCGAAGUACCACGGCAUUUGGCACUGCAUGAGGAGCAUCUGGCAGCAGGAAGGACUUCGCGGCUUGUACCAGGGGGUCACCCCGAACGUCUGGGGCGCCGGGGCGUCAUGGGGUCUUUAUUUCUUCUUUUAUAAUGCCAUCAAGGCGUAUGUCAAGGAGGGCCGUCAGACGGAGCUGAGUGCCACGGAGCACCUGGUGUCUGCAGCAGAAGCAGGAGCGAUGACUCUCUGCCUCACAAACCCGAUCUGGGUGACAAAGACACGCCUGGUUCUGCAGUACAGCUCCGAUCCAAGCCAGAAGCUGUACAGGGGCAUGGUGGACGCGCUGGUGAAGAUCUACCGUCAGGAAGGAGUAGCGGGACUCUAUCGGGGGUUUGUUCCCGGCCUGUUCGGGACGUCUCAUGGAGCUCUGCAGUUCAUGGCAUACGAGGAGCUGAAGAGAGACUACAACAAAUACAGAAACAUGCAUUCAGACGCUAAACUGAAUCCAUUAGAGUACAUUACAAUGGCGGCUUUGUCCAAAGUCUUCGCCGUGGCCACCACAUACCCGUACCAGGUGAUCCGAGCUCGCUUGCAGGAUCAGCACGCGAGCUACAACGGGGUGGUGGACGUCAUCCGGCGGACGUGGAGGUCUGGGAGAUUUGACAAUGCAGAUGAUAUCAAUAUCACGAUAUAUUAACAUCAUGAUGCAUUUUUCAGAGCAUCACUGAUAUCGUCAUGUGUCAGUGCUAGAAGUGUAUUAUAUACUCACAGCUUAUAUUUAUCGUUUUUUAUCUUUUCCUCAUGAAAUACAAAUUUUUAUCUGAAUAAAACAUAUUUAUAGAAACUAUAGUUUCUUAUAAUAGAUUCACUCUUUUUGUUGGUAAACCUUAGCAAAGGUAAAUAAACAUGGAAUUGUAAUGUUCUAGUGUAUAAUUCUGUGAUUUUUACCCUCAACGAGGUCAAAGCACAUACUUCUUUAACUAUAUAUAUAUAUAUAUAUAUAUCAGAUGUAGUAAAGAUUAAGCAAAAAAAAAAAGGAAAGAGUAGUUUUGAACAAAAGUGCUUUAUCAGCUGUGCCAGCAAAGUGCUUCAGUACGUCGUGUUCCUCAGGAGACUUUGUGUUCUUUGCUUAUUUAUUUAUUUAUUUGUUUGUUUUUUAAAAUACGUCUGCUGUUAGCGCCGAAGUACACUGCAGUUCUUCGACUCCUCCUCAUAUAUCUAUACAAUGUAUACACACUCAGUAUUUAGGCAAUAUUUUGCUUUCACAACCUCAGUGCCAUGCAAAUCACAUCUAUUUUUUAUAUCAAACAUUUUUAUAACAGCUCAUUUUUGGAAAAAAAAAAAGAUAGAAUCUUAUAAUCCCAGGGUCUUGUUAAGUAUCGUGACGUGAUAUUUUUAUGAUAUCGCUCACCCCUAGUGAAGCAGUUUCAUUCAUCCGUCUUCAGUAAGCACUUUAUCCUGGUCAGGGUUGCGGUGGAUCCGGAGCCUGUCCCAGGAACACUGGGCACAAGUCAGGAAUACACUCCAGUUCAUAACACACUCAUUCACACCUAGGGCUAAUUUAGCGUAGCCUGUCCCGACUAGCUGCAUGUUUUUAGGAGGUGGAAAACCAGAAUCCGGCGAGCACACAGGCCAAGAGGUGACCAUGAGAAGCCCCACACAGUCAGUAACCCGAGUGCUGGUCAUAUUUUCAUAAUGAUUGAUGAAAACACAGAGGAAUUCAUUUUGUCUGUUGGACUUUUUUGGGAAUUUGCGUGGACAAAUGAAUGGGAUUAGAAUGGAUUUAUAAAACUAUAUAAAUACUUUUUUUUGUACAUUUACAGCACUUUUCUCCCAGCCAUGAGUGUUUUAAGACUCCAAUUAACUGACUAGAUCGAAUGUAUUUUUUUAUAGCUGUC